CACAGCAGGUCCCCCACCCGACGCCGGCUUGGAUCAAUUAUAUGCAAUGUUUGGCCCCAGCCUUGUUUUCCGUUGGAGCAAUCUCAAGUCGACAAGGGCAGACAGAGGUCGGUCCCACCCUCUAGGCCAAACAGUGAGGCUGUUCUCUGUUCUCCGGGUCCGUUGCGGUUGCAUUUGCUCGUGCUGCGUCCAUGAUAUGUACGGGGUUGAAGAAGGAGGCGUCCAAUGGAAGGGCACUGAGAAGCAGAAGUGGGAUAUUGCGCAGUCAACCUGAUGCACUUGGCAGCCGCCGUUGGUACCGGCCUGCAGAUUGACUGAUUUUCACGACGCUUUCCAGCAGCAUUGCGGCAGAGAUGGAGGGCCGGUGGCUUGUCUGCUUGUCCAUCAGUGUGAGGCCAAGGCGGUCCAAUGGCCCUGAUGAUUCGAUUUGUUUCGAUUGUGUUGGAGCAGAAGAGCAAGGGGGUGUGACUUGCUGCUUGUUGCUGUUGUUGUGGCUGUUGCUGUUUUUGUUGAUGUUGUUUAUUAUUCGGGGGCUGCAUCAUCAUCUCUGCCGUUGCGUCUGUCCAUCCAUCCAUCAUUUCGUCCAUCCACCCAUCCACCCAUCCACCCAUCUUCACGGCAAGGCCUCGAAACAUCCCCGGCGCUGCUUUUCCCUCUCGGUGGCCUCUUGUCUCGGAGAUGAACGGCCGCGUGAUGCCCCCAAACACACAAUUCACUGGUGUUGCUGUAAACCCUGGGCGAAGGACGGGCCGUCCAGGCGCUGUCAUUGGCCCGCUAACGACGCAAGGGAUACGAGGUACUUGUACACGUGCCUGGCCACGUACACAGUCUGCGGCCGUUGAUUCUCCGCCGCGAGUCCAGACUAUACUACACGUAGG